UUCCCCCUCCUUCUUUCCACAGUGUUCCGUCACGAAGCGACGCCGCCACGCUACACGCCACUCGUUCUUGUAGCCAGUGUGAGAAUCACAUCUGAUGCAAACAACAUAUCGUACAUGUUUGUGCAAUAAUUUCCACGAUUAGUCGGCAUUCCUCGGAGUUCUCCCAAACUCAUUGUAGCUUUCUGAUAUCGCGAUGUCGUGUCAAAAUAUAACUUUGGAGGUUGAUUCCUACCUGAACAAAUGUCGCGCAUGCAUGAAGGAGGGCGGCAAAAUGUUACCCAUGUACGACGAUGAUAUUAUCAAAAAUCUGCCGUACAAGCUCGCGCAGCUGACAUCAAUCAAGAUUGACCAAUUUGAUGGAUUGCCUAACAUGCUCUGCUUAAAGUGUGCUUACCGAACGAAUGUUUUAUACGACUUUAGGAUAGAGGUACAAGAAUCGGAUAAGAAGUUUAGAAUGAUACGUGAACAAAUGCAAAUGUGCACUCUUAAGAAAAACGAAAGGAAUGUAAACAGCUCGGAUAAAUCCUCGACAUUACUUUUUGAAACUCAAAAUUUCGAGGAUGUGUCAAGCAAUAUAAAAUCUGAAAACGAUGAUACACUUCAGUUUAUAAAUGUUAAACUGAUGGAUGAGAAAAUCGAAGGUGAACAACAACAUGAAUUUGAUGUACCUCAGUCAGAUGAAAAUGAAAAUAAUAAGGAAAGUUCACAGUUGAAUGACAUCUUUUAUGAUGUUAUACAAGAAAAUAAUAAGGAUCAAAUUGGAGUCCAUUUAGUAAAAACUGAUAUACCUAAGGAAAUCUCAGAAUUGUUUACAUCACAAAAUGUUACAGUAAUGUAUAUACAAAAAUCUGCUAUCGAAACGGAUGUGUCGGAAAAUACAUUAAUACUCGAUCCUGAUCAAGAGGAGAUGGAAAAUGGCAAUAAUACAUUUAUUUCUGAAGUGGAAAUAUUGAAUGAACAAGAAAAUGAGGAAACCUCAAAUAACAUAUACAUUUCUAGUCCUGAAUCUAAUACAAUCAGAAAGAAUAAAUAUGUUUAUUGGGAACAGGAUGGGCAAGAUACCUCAGAGAUAGUUGAUGAAGAGGAACAAUAUGAUAGCACGACACAGAACAAAGAGAAAGAAGAAAAAUUCAAUGAGAGCAGUUCUAAAGAUGAACAGUCUAUUAGAACAGAAUAUAGCGAUGGAUCCGAUUCUGAUUACUUCAAUGAUGGUAAAGAUAAUAUAUUGGGCAGCGUGAGUGAUGCGAUCAUACGGAUAAAAGAAGUACAGCAAGCAAAUGGAAUUGAAUAUCAGUGUACUCUGUGUCUGCAGAAUUACGAUCAACUAACGAAUGUGUUGUUGCAUACUGUUGAAAAUCACGUUCCUCUUAGUGGCCCAUUCUUCUGUAUGGUGUGUGAAAAAGAUUGUAAAAGUCACCGGGAGUUGCGAGCACAUGUGAAAACGCACGUUGGCGAAUGUCCAUAUUCUUGUUUCCUCUGUAAAAAGGCGUACAGCAGAAAGAGAUAUCUCAAGAGGCAUAUGGCGUGCCAUUCCAAUUUUUCACGAUAUCGCUGUCUAAAAUGUGGUCGCCGCUUCAAGUUGAAGUUGGAAUUGGAGACUCAUGUGGCAACACAUGAACAUACUGCACCUUAUACUUGUAAUCAAUGCACACGGGUAUUUAAUCACAAAGGCAAUUAUAAACGGCAUUUAAUCAGCCAUUUAGAUCCCCAAGGCCGUCAUCUACCCAAGUAUCCGUGCAAUUUCUGUGAGAAACGUUUUCCCAAUAAUCGUACCUUGCAAACGCAUAUUCGCGUACAUACUGGUGAAAAACCAUUCCAUUGUGACGUUUGCAAUAAGUCAUUCUCCCAACGAGGCAACUUGUUGAAUCACUCAAAGAUACAUUCGAAUCCUCGUAGCUAUACAUGUGAAGUUUGUG